UGUCAGUUGGACCGAGCGGACGGACGUCUACAGGAUCCCAAAGAUGGCGGCUACUGGAGGAAGAAGAGAUGGCGAGAAGGAGAGAGGAGAGAAGAGGGAAGAGGAGAGCGGAGGAAAGAGGAAGAGGGAAGAGGAAAGCGAGGAGGUGAAGGAGAGCGGAAAGAAGAGGAAGGAGGAAGAGGUGAGCGAGGAGGUGAAGAAGAGGAAGAGAGAAGAGGAAAGCGAGGAGGUGAAGAGCAGAGAGAAGAGGAAGGAGGAAGAUGUGAGCGAGGAGGUGAAGAAGAGGAAGAUAGAAGAGGAAAGCAAGGAGGUGGAGAAGACAGGAGAGAAGAGGAAGGAGGAAGAGGUGAGCGAGGAGGUGAAGAAGAGGAAGAGAGAAGAGGAAAGCGAGGAUGUGGAGAAGAGGAGAGGAGAAGAUGCCAGAUUAUUGGAGGAUGAGGAGCCAAGACCAGGCACCAGCCAGGACCCCGGAACAUCAAGCUCCUACCCCAAAUUUAACAUCUAUCACCUCACUGUCCAUCAGGUAUUGGGUAGGGGCAGCUUUGGAGUGCUUGAAGUUUUUUUACCUGCUACCAUGGUGCCGGAUACUUCUAUUGCUGUCUAUGUCUGUGGAGGGGAACGCUACCCGACAGUCCAGGCACAGGAGCGGAGGAAAGGAUCAGAGCAGUCAAGCACAUUUUAUUAACAGCAAAAAAGUGAGUACACACACCUUGUCUCUGUCUUCUUCCUCUGUGAACGUGAAUCAGGUACCUGUCAUAGAGCCAAAAGAAAGAAAAGUGAUAUGUUGCUCAGUACCUAAUCCUGAUCCUGUACAUAUAACAUUUUAUGUGUCUAGGACCUGUAUAUCCCUAACAAAUAGCAUUUAUAUCUUGGUCACUUGCUUUGUCUUCUUGCCUUGCGGAGGGGGCGUGUCCAUCUCUUUCCCUCACUGAGUCUGGGAGCAGCCUGGCAGUCUGCAGAUCUUUCUAAAUUAGUGCAAGGAUUUUAGUGAUAAAAGCACAGUAGUUUUUAUGCAUACAUUUUAUAUCUGUCAUUAGUAAAGAUGGAUGCUAAUCCAGCUUUACUAGGAACAGAUAGAAAAUGUGUGUCAUUCAGCUUUAACAGACUCCUGAAUGUCUGUUCAGCUUCUUUGUCAUUCAGGACUCAGAGAAAGCUUUGGCUGUUCAAGCAUGCUGGGAGUUGUAGUUUUGCAAUAGCUUGAGCUGCAGUGUUUGGAAAGCAAUGUGUUAGAACAGUGUUGCCUUUAGCUGUUGCAAAACUACAACUCCCAGCAUGCCCACACAUCCUUUGUCUGUAGUUUUGCAAGAGAUGGAGACACACAGCUGGAGAAUACCCAGCUCUAACAGAGAGUUUUACAAAGAUUGUAACUCCAGCUGUUGCAAAACUACAACUCCCAUCAUGGUAGUUGUGGUUUAGGAAUAGCUGAAGGCUGCAGUGGUGAUCUCCUAUACUGGAUACCAACACACUUUAUGGCCUGUAUCCAGUAUGCUGCAAAAUACAGAGUAGUCUGUCUGCGUAAAGACUGAUGACCCCUAGUGGUGGUUAUUUUCAUUUUUCCUUUUUUAGUAAUUUUUUUUUUUUUUUAUAAAUGUGUAUUUAAAAAAGUAAUCUUAUCAGUAGUACUACAAAAUAUAAAAAGUUUUUCAACAUGACAGUGUCUCUUUAAGCAUGCUCCUAUCGGUGAAGGGGAGGAGUUCCUGCACAGAAGAAAGAUAUGUGGUGGCACCCUGCCUCCAUCCUACAUGCCCCUAGGCCUUAUGUCCCCCCUUGCUAUCCUCCUGCACUGGCUCUUAGAAGAUCAGGGAGAAUGCAAGCUGGAGCUCUCUAUAUAAUACAUACAGACCUUCAGCUUGCAUGCUCCCCGAGAAGCAGCAAGACCUACGGUGGCCGGGCCCUCCGUGCCUGACCUGUCACACGCCCCUGCUACAGAGAAGCUGUCAUCUGGCCAAUUGUAUUCCAUCAUAGCUGUAGUCACUUGUAAGUUCUGCAGGGAUCAUGGGUGAAACAACAACUCCCAGCAUAACCUUAUUACUGCUAAGAUUUUACUGGGAGCUAUAGUAUCACAUGGUACAAACUUAUUGAGCAAUUGCCCCUUACUUGGCAUCACAACAGGCUAAAAAAAUUACUUAGGGGGGCAUUAUAGGGUGACACCAUUUUCUACCACAACGGGUGACAUUAACCUUAGCAACACCACUGGUGCUCUGUAAUAGCUAGAGGCAAAGAGCUCGCUGUUACUGCGCUCCUCUGUGUGUGCCGCUGUGUCAGUCAAUGGGAGGUCAGCAGAGAAAGGUGUUGGCGGCCCUCUGAUACUCGGGCACAUUAUAAAGAAUUUAUUCUCUAUUGGCUAUAAAACAAUGAAAUAUACACAGAAACAUAUGAGUGGAAUAAGCUUUUUAACCCCUACUGCAAUGUGUUGCCAGUUUAACAUGUAUAAAAGAUGUGAUAGAUGCCCAUUACAAGGAUGUGAUAGAUGCCCAUUACAAGGAUGUGACAGAUGCCCAUUACAAGGAUGUGAUAGAUGCCCAUUACAAGGAUGUGACAGAUGCCCAUUACAAGGAUAUGAUAGAUGCCCAUUACAAGGAUGUGAUAGAUGCCCAUUACAAGGAUGUGAUAGAUGCCCAUUACAAGGAUGUGAUAGAUGCCCAUUAAAAGGAUAUGAUAGAUGCCCAUUACAAGGAUGUGAUAGAUGCCCAUUACAAGGAUGUGAUAGAUGCCCAUUACAAGGAUGUGAUAGAUGCCCAUUACAAGGAUGUGAUAGAUGCCCAUUACAGGUCGGGUUAUGAGGAAGGGAUAGGAGGACGGGAUAGGAGGUCGGGAUAGGAGGUCGGGAUAGGAGGAUGGGAUAGGAGGUCGGGAUAGGAGGUCGGGAUAGGAGGUCGGGAUAGGAGGAUGGGAUAGGAGGUCGGGAUAUGGCAUCAAUAUAUGAGGACGGGAUAUGAAGUCAAAAGCUUCCUCCUUUGUUUAUUUUCCUCCCCAACAAGGAUUAGGAAGGAAAAACUGGGCAAUGCUGGGUACUCAGCUAGUAUAUAUAUAUUUAUUUAUUUUAAUAUUAAAAUGGAAUAGCUAAAGUAAAAAAUUAAAAUAAAAUAAAAAACACGCCUGCAAAAACAAUGUUAAAACUCACAUGGCUUUUUUUUGUGUUUUUUCACUCCCACACUAUGGAGAAAAACACAGCGAUUUUCCCAAAAAAAUGCCAUAGUCUCAUAAGGUCACUUCUAGGAAUCACCCAAUGAGCCGAAAAAAGCUGAAAAAACGCCAAAAGGAUAAAAAAAACACCAAUUAGAAAAACAAAAAAAGUGGAUAUGGCAUUUUGUAGUUCCUUAUUGACUUGCAGCUAACAUUUGCCCACGCUGUGCAGUAGAAUGGGUGUUUUUUUGGGCCUUUUAUUUUUUUUUUCAACUACAUCCCUAUUACAUCUCAUAUGUACCAUGGCAUGGAAAUAACAAUGACCAUCACCCCACAGUCCCUAACUGGUUGGCUCUAGCUAUACCUCUAGUUAUACCUAGUUAUAACAAGUUGGCUCUAGUUAUACCUAUGGGAUA